CCGCAACUCAGUAGAGAGAUAGAGAUGAUCUGACGGCUGCAGGCGUGGCCACGUCUACUCCUCCUUUUUGAAACCACGCGGACCGGUUGAAUUCCCGACCUUGGUGGAUAUCGGACUUCCAUCAUUGCAGGUGGCUCGAAUAUUCCCAGACAAAGAUAUAAAAGAAAAAAAGUAGACUCAGAUCACUGUGACCAAAUGUGAAACAUCCUGAAUGCAAAGAUGGGAAAUCUGGGAAAUGGAGUUGCUGAAGCGUUCGAAAGAAUCGGGCAUGCAGUAAUUGGUGAAUCAUCGGCUUCUCUACAAAAAUCAAGCGGAGCUCGAUCCAGUUUUCAAUGGGGUGGAACCUUCUUUGCCUUGUUUUUGUUGCUCUUGAAUCGAACAGGCCAGAGAUCAUCUAUGAAAACUACCCUUCUAGUAUUAUAUCUUUUUACAAGUUUCCCAACUGCUCUGUUCAAAAUUAUAAGAGGACAAUUUGGUUGUUGGGUUGCAUUUCUAGCUGUUGCAGCAAACCUCUUCGACCCUCAAAAUUUUCCUGCUGCUCGUUUCCUCCUAUUUGUAAUCACUCCUGAUGGAUUGGCCGAUGGACUGCGGGACGACCUUUUUAGUUGUAUCUUUUGUCUCAUAAUUGGAGUUUCAUUAGUUAUAAUAGAGGUGAGAGCAAUCGGAGGAGAAAUUUGUACAACCCAGGCUUGAUGCGGAGUCCCUGGUACUGGCUACUUUUUUGAGAUUUGUCACCCGGCUGCUGCGGCUGGAGUCUGCUGUGCGCCACUAAUUAUGGCUUGCAAUAUGGCCACUUGUUCAUAGCAUUACCAUUGGCCUAGCCAUUAGCCAUUUCUCAAAUAACAAAUUCUAAAAAUCUAUCACUAUUUUAUUACAAUAUUGAUUUUGACAUUUUCAUUUAUUUUAAUUCUAAAUCACAUCUUGUAAAAUAAAUAAAUGUUGUAUGAUAAACAUGAUAUGUUGAUUUUUCUCUUACCUAAUUAUCUUUUAAGUUCGAACUAAAA